CUGUAAACUGCUGACCAAUGCACUUUUUGCAUUGAAACGCACCGUGACCUAGCCCCCCACAGGUGCAGUGAUGCUUUCAAGAGGACAGCAUGCUGUGCUGCAGCAGUGCUUGAUUCCAACCUGGACAUCAAGGUCACAAAGUCUCAAUCAUCUCGUUAAAAGUCUCCACCAACUAUCCAAUCGGACUGCUUGCACUGGGUGCCGCAGAGACAGAAUCUUGCAGCUUCGUCAAAACCCAUGGAGUCGUAGAGUGGAGAAUUACCUCAAAAAUGCCAGAGGAUUCUGCAGCACAAAGAAUUGGACUCAAACAUGCACGAAACAGCAUCAUCUUUUGCAGAGUAGAGAAGCUUUUCAAAUUCAAGGCAUCGUCCACAAGCCACUCAAGGCAGCAGUUUUUCUAAGACCUUUAUCGUCGGAAUCAGACCCCGGUCAGAGUGCCUCAUUUAAAAUUGACAUUACUGAGGAAGGCUUGGUGGAUGAUGUGGCCAAAGAACUUGAUGCUGAGGGGGCGGGUGAAAUCAAAAUUCCAAAGGGGAAAACUUUGCCUAGGAACGGCUCAAAGAGGAAUGGCUCAUUGACGGAAUCCCUGGUAAGCGUUGGCAAACUUGUACCAGACAAGAUUGUCAAUCUCUUGGAUGAAGAAGGGGAGUUGUUAGGUUCACUGCACCGUGCUGAGGCCAUUAAACAAAGUCAGAAAACCGGCCUCAAACUUGUGUUGGUCAACUCAAAGACUAAGCCGUAUCCAACAUAUAGAUUAAUGACGGGUAAACAACUCCACCAAGAGCAGAUGGUACACAGAGAGAAAGCCAAAAACGCCAGUGCCCAAACACAGAUCAAAGAGGUCCGAUUGUCCGGUAACAUAGAAAAACACGACCUGGAGGUCAAGCGAAAGCAUCUGCAGGGCUGGCUGAAAGAAGGAGAGUCGCACGUCCACGUCAGAGUGACUGUGAUGGGUGGAGGCAAGGGAGUGAAGAAGAUCACUAAGGAACAACAGAUGGCAGUUGUCCACCAGUUGAUGAAUGGCAUUGAAGACCGAGUCACCUUUGCAAGCAAGCCAAGGGAUAUCGGCAGGGAGGGUAUGAACCUCUCCGUGGUCCUCAGACCUAUGUCAGCCAAGGAGAAGGCCAACAGAGUCAAGCAGAAGAAUGCUGAGGAGAGCCUGAAGCAGGCAGCGGGAGACUCAAGGGAAGAGGCUAAAGUUCAGGAUGAGAAAGUGGACAGUUGAACAAUGUGGACACAUUCGUUCCUGUUUCUGGUGUUUGUUAGGGUGUAGUGGUCAACAAUAAAUAAUAAAUACAACAUUUUAUAGAGCGCUAUAAUCAGAUUGACAAAACAGAUGGGUUUUAAGUAGCGAUUUAAAAGUGUCCAAUGAAGGAGCUGCUUGAAUGUGGGUGGGUAGCUUGUUCCAAAGUGUUGGAGCUAUGACUGAAAAGGCGCGAUCACCAUAGGGUCUCAUGGUGUGGGGUCCCGGGGAAAGCUGGAAAUGAGCGAUUGAAGAAGAGCGAAGCCGUCGGGUAGCUGAUGAAAGUGAAGAAGAACCAAGGGUUUUCGUUCAGAUGAAAUAUUCACAAGAUGAAAUAUUUACAGUUGUUUAUUUUCGGAAAGACUUUCAAGGGUAUUUGCAUCUGUAUUCAGAUUUUUAAAAGUCUCCAAUGUAAAAUAAAAAUCCUGGUUUUUUUGUUUAAAUAAAAUAAGUCGGGCUCUGUGAUGUACUUAUCUAGCACUGAGGAUACUGUUCUCAAAAGCUCAAUGGAAUCUAUAAGUCCAGGGGUUUAUUAACAAAAUGUGGAAAAUCCUUAAUUUAUGGGGGUAAAAGAAAUCAGAACUCAAGGAUACCUGACAAACAACAGGCUCAGUUAUUUGAUAACAUGCAUGAAUCAUCAAAUUGAAUGUGUGAAGAAGCUUGUGAAGAGACCUGCACAAUUUGACUAGGAUAAUUUUGUUCUUCCAUUGGCAAAAUAUUUUUGAAAUGUUUAGUAUUCUAUCUCGUCUGUUGGACAAUAAAACUAUAAUAAUAUGACACCAAA